AUGCCUUCCGCCAAGUACAUCGAGCGCCCCGGUGGCAGCCGCAAGUCCAAGGGCUUCAUCCGCUCCACUUACGAUUCCCUCACCUCUUCCGAGAACGCUUCCGUUGUCCGCAGCAUCGCCUUCUUCGGCGCUGCCGUCGCCUUCCUCUCCAGCUCUUGGGGCGAGAUGCUCGUUGUGUUCGCAAUAAAUGCACACUUUAUCGCCUCUCCUCCACGCGACACCGACUUAGACUCCGACUCCGAGCUCGAUCCGCUGUACUACUCUAAUACCCACGAACCCGGAUCCCAGAUGGCGGAAGCGAAUGCGGGCACAACGACUCUUGUAUGA